AGUGGAGGGUCCGCGCCGAGCGCCGCUGGGUCUGGGCGUCCGAAGGCAGCAGCGCUCGCGGAGCUCGCCGGCCGGCCCCCGAUCAUCAUGUCGGCCUUCGAUGCUAACCCCUUCGCGGACCCAGUGGAUGUAAACCCCUUCCAGGAUCCCUCUGUGACCCAGCUGACCAAUGCCUCUCAGGGUGGCCUGGCUGAAUUCAAUCCCUUCUCAGAGACAAAUGCAGCGACAACGGUUCCUGUCACACACCCAGGGCCCUCACAGCCAGCAGUUCUCCAGCCCUCAGUGGAACCAACGCAACCAUCACCCCAGCUCCUGCUUAGGCAGGCCAGCAAGUUCCUGCCUGCCCGAUUCCUGGCAGCGGGUGAGCCCUCAGAGAGGCAGAUGCUGCUAGGAGGAGAUAGUAUGUCCAGAGACAGCUACAUGCGAAAGCUUCCGAAGGCGGUGGCCGCUGCCGCCCAGGCCGGCCUGCUCCGGCAGCAGGAGGAGUUAGACAGGAAGGCUGCCGAACUGGAACGCAAGGAGCGCGAGCUGCAGAACACCGCGGCCAGCUUGCAUGUGCGAGACAACAACUGGCCGCCCCUGCCCUCGUGGUUCCCUGUCAAGCCCUGCUUCUACCAGGACUUCUCCACCGAGAUCCCUGCUGACUACCAGCGGAUAUGCAAGAUGCUCUACUACCUUUGGAUGUUGCAUUCGUUGACUCUGUUUCUGAACCUGCUUGCGUGCCUGGCCUGGUUCACGAGCGAUGCGGCCAAUGGAACAGCCUUUGGCCUCUCCAUCCUGUGGUUCCUGAUCUUCACCCCCUGUGCUUUCCUUUGUUGGUACCGACCCAUCUAUAAGGCUUUCAGGUCCGACAACUCUUUCAGCUUCUUCGUGUUCUUCUUUGUAUUUUUUUGUCAAAUAGGGAUCUACUUCAUCCAGUUGAUUGGCUUGCCUAACCUGGGAACAAGUGGCUGGCUGGCAGCUCUGUCUCCACUGAAGCAGGGAUAUGUGGCUGUGUCCAUCAUCAUGAUGGUUGUGGCUGGCUUCUUCACUCUCUGCGCUGGGCUCUCACUCUUCCUCCUGCAGCGGGUGCAUGCCUUAUAUCGCCGGACGGGAGCCAGCUUCCAGCAGGCUCAGGAGGAGUUUUCCCAGGGCAUCUUCAGCAACAGAACCUUCCGCAAUACUGCCUCAUCUGCUGCCCGGGGGACCUUCCAGGGGAACUAGUCCUUCUGACGCUCCUCCCCGCUGCCCCGGCCUCUUCUGUUGCCUGCCUUCUGAGCUGCACUUUCCGCCUGUGCCUUAUGCAGUGGUUAUGCUCAGCACAGAGCUGGCAGGGGUCUCGGCAUGGCUCCUGCUCCUUCCUCAGCCACAGUUCUCCCUUCCCCCUGAGGAAAGGGAGUGGGGGAGGGCCAGAGACUUCUUUUUACAGGAGAAAAGAGAAAAUAACAAAGCUGUCUUUCCUUCUCUGGUGGUGGCCUGGUAGAAUUUUGUCUGGAAGCAGGCAGACACACACACACACACACAUCAUUGGCUGGCCUGGACUCAAGGCACCAAGAAUUUUCUGCAGGCAUUCUGUAGACUCCACUCCUUCUUUAGCAGAUCUGGCCUGUAUUGGAGUCUAUAGACAAGAGCCUGUGAUCUCCCCAGCCCUGCCCUGUCUGAGCAGGCUGGGGUAGGCCUCUCCCAGGGCCUCCAUAUUAGGCAAGCUGCAGUGUGGGUGGGUAGGUGGGUAGCUGUCCCUGAUCACCCUGCAGUGAUCUCUUAAGCUUGCAGAGCCUCUAGUUUGGGUAGCUUCUCCCCUGCCUCCUGCUCCUCACUACAGAUCCGUGACCCUUCAUGCACUCCCUGCACCUUCCGGCCGGGCUAGCACCUUGUGCCCUCCAAGGCUCUCCCUGGCCCUUCUGUUCAGACUUCCUGAAUGUAUAGUGCGGUUGGUUGGGACUUUGGGAUGGGAAGGGACAGAGAACAAUGAUUUGCAUUGUCCUGCCCAACCUUCAGCAGUCUUCUGAGGGUGGGUGUGACUGUCCAGGUAUAGUUUGUUCCCCUUUGUUUUGGCUUCCUCUCCUGAGGGGCGACUACCCUCUGCCUUAGCCUUACUUCAGCCCCCCACCCUCAGCAAUAUUCACCUCCUACAACUCCUAGGGAGAAUGCAGGAAUCUGUCCAGAACUAGGUCCUGCAGGCAGGGCCACUGAGCCAUCUUUCUGAGGGGUUCCUCCUAUAUCCAUGGCAGAUCCUAGGCUCCUUCCAUGUGCCCUGGGGGAGUCCCCACGUCUGUCACUAGUGACCACCCAGGAGUCCACCAUUAAAGCCUGCGCCCUGUGCUGCAGAGGCUGCAGGAGCCAGUGCGUGGACCGAGGGAGCUCACUGGUGGCCAGCCUCCUGCCUCUAGCACCUAGGCCCUCAGGCUGUCAGUCUGCUCAGGCCUAGAGCUACUGAAAGAUGAGGACAGCCACCAGGGUUUUAUAAACUUUCUGGUAUUAUUUCCCUCCCUGUACAAAUGUAAAUGUCAUGUCUCAAUUUUUUUGUGCUUAAAUAAAGACAUUUUCAGACAGCA